AUGAUAGUAGAUCGUCAACAUUUGUUAAGUACCAUAGAAUGUGUGAAACCUUAUGAUAAUAAUAAUAAUAAUAAUAAUAAUAAUAAUAAUAAUAAUAAAUUUUUAUCCGUCUCUAUAUGUGGGUGGAUAAAUGAAAAUCAAUUUAUUAUCUUCUACUUAGAGGUGUGUAUAGGUAACUCUGUUCUUAAAAAGCAUUUAAAAAUAUCAUUAGUUGUUUGUUAUUGCAAAAGCAUAAUCAAAUCAAGACAAGAGACAAACAAAGCACAGCUCAUCUCAUCAUUUAUGAUUAAUGACAUCAUUGCUAUGAUUAUUGAUCAUGACAGUGAUAAUCAGUAA